AUGGCGGGCCAGGCAUCAAACUCCUUGAGAAUUGACACGACGAAUGAGCCUCCAUUUCCGCCCAUCCUUGCCCUCUUCUUGGUCCACUUCGACCAUCGCAAAGGAUACACCUUGGGAUGGAAUAGAUCACUUGACGAUGUCCCCGUCGAGGGUGUCGUCGAGUUCAAGUCCCUGCCGUCCGGAUUGCACAACGUCGAGGAGGAUUUGGUGUACUUUAUCCACGAUGACUAUGCAGGACUCAGCGCUUUCGUCAACAAGGCAGACGAGCAGGCAGAGCGUGCUGCGCGAAUGGUGGCUGUUGGCGCACUGGUUCCUUUGGAACACGGUCGUAUGGGUCGCAUCUGGCGCCAUGCAGAAUCUCUGAUCGAUCUCGCCAAGGCGCAUAUUGCCAACCCGGAAGACGUUACUGCCCUGGAAGAGUAUUGGGAGAAGUACAAGUUACGACCUGAGGAGCCCACGGUGCAGACACCCCUGGACUCUACUGAAGAGGACCCGACCCAACGACCCAACGGCUAUCUCAAGCUCAGGACAAUGUCAACGGCGACAACCUUCAUCUCUCCACAUCAUGCCUUAACACCUCACCAUCCUGCGUUGACACUAAUAGAUUCGAUCAAGCUAUUUGGACCCCUGAUAUUUCCAUUAUAUCGAGCAGCCUUGCUUCGCAAACGGAUCUUGAUCGUCACAGAUGCACCUGUCGAAUUCUGCUGUAAUCUUGUAUAUAAUUUGUCCAUCCUUUCAUCUGUCUCGAAGUCCCUCCUGCCACUCGCGCACGAGGUUGAUGCUCCUAGUACACGCUUGCGCCCGCUGUUCACCGUUGGUGUUAUGGACAUCCCCCAGCUCGAGCAGGCUGGAGCUGCCGGAUCCGGCCACGGUUUUAUUGCUUGCACAACGGAUGAUGUGCUCACCUCAAAACCCAACCUCUAUGAUGUCCUUGUGCUCAUGCCCAAGCCACACUCGCAAACUGCCGCGACGAAAGCGUUUCCUCGCAUUAUUGUUUCCAGCCCCGAAUUGACCAAGGCUUUCCCCAAAGUCUCCAUCAGAGCUACGCAACGGGACUUUCGUCGGUUUACGCACCUCAUGCGUGGUCUUCGGAGGUUAGACCCCAGCGAAACGGCUGUCACUGACGAUGGGACCUCGUCUGUUUCUUCACUUUCAUCCUCGAACUCGACAAACAAGCUGGUCGUAGAGCCUCCAUCCUGGUCUCGAAUGGCAUACACCUCUUUCGUCUGGUGGGCCUCCGCUGGAGAUCGGCGCGAAGGGUUUGCCGAAGGAGAAGAACACGAAAUGGAACGGGACUCGAUACUACUAUAUGGGGAAGACGAGCAGGAGCAGAGUCGCGAAGUGGCCGUGGUAGCCUACUUCCACCGCCUGACCGCAACCAUUUUUCAAACUGUCACAGCGUGUAUUGAGCGGGAAGACAGCGAUAACGAGGGCGAAGGGAUCUAUCACGACGACGACGACGACGACACAGGCCCCGGUGAUCAAGUGGAUCAGGAGGACGAUCGGCCCUUGUUGGCGGAGCAGACCAAGGAGCCUGAGGUCGAGAUCAGUCAUGAGGACAUGCUGGAGAUGGGACUGGACAGCUGGAGCUCGUCGGACAAAAGAUUUGUGGAAGAUUUGACAAAGCUCUGGUGGAAAAGGCAAGCAUCAGUGCGACCAGUCCCUAUUGAUUGCUGUGGACUUCGCAUCCUCUGA